CGGCCGCGGCGUAGUCAGCGGCGGCGGUGGCGGCUGCGGGCAGAGCGGCGAGUUUCCGAUUUAAAGCUGAGCUGCGAGGAAAAUGGCGGCUGGCGGCUCAAAAUACUUGCUGAACAGUGGACUCAGAGACCAUUAAAUAUAAACUGGUACUUGACCAGCAUUUGAUUAGUCAGUUGCUGAUGUAUUUUCAAGAUGAGUGGACUAGGAGAAAACUCCUUGGAUCUGUUAUCCACAGAUUCACGAAAACGCAAACUGCCAUGUGAUACUCCAGGACAGGGUCUUACUUGCAGUGGUGAAAAGUGGAGACGAGAGCAAGAGAGCAAAUAUAUUGAAGAAUUGGCUGAACUGAUAUCUGCAAAUCUUAGUGAUAUUGACAAUUUCAAUGUCAAACCAGAUAAAUGUGUGAUUUUAAAGGAAACAGUAAGACAGAUACGACAAAUAAAAGAGCAAGGAAAAGCAAUCUCAAAUGAUGAUGAUGUUCAGAAAGCUGAUGUGUCAUCUACAGGACAGGGGGUUAUUGACAAAGACUCUUUAGGACCACUUUUACUUCAGGCAUUGGAUGGUUUCUUGUUUGUGGUAAAUCGGGAUGGAAACAUUGUAUUUGUGUCAGAAAAUGUUACCCAGUAUCUGCAAUAUAAGCAAGAGGACCUGGUUAACACAAGUGUCUACAAUAUCUUACAUGAAGAAGACAGAAAGGAUUUUCUUAAAAAUUUACCAAAAUCUACAGUUAAUGGAGUUUCCUGGACAAAUGAGACCCAGAGACAAAAAAGCCACACAUUUAAUUGUCGUAUGUUAAUGAAAACAACACAUGAUAUUUUGGAAGACAUGAACACCAAUCCUGAAAUGCGGCAGCGAUAUGAAACCAUGCAGUGCUUUGCCCUGUCUCAGCCACGCGCUAUGAUGGAGGAAGGGGAGGACUUGCAAUCCUGUAUGAUCUGUGUGGCCCGACGCAUUACUACAGGUGAACGAGCGUUUCCAUCAAAUCCUGAGAGCUUUAUUACCAGACAUGAUCUUUCAGGAAAGGUUGUCAAUAUAGAUACAAAUUCUCUGAGAUCUUCCAUGAGGCCUGGCUUUGAAGAUAUAAUCCGAAGGUGUAUCCAGAGGUUUUUUAGUCUGAAUGAUGGUCAGUCAUGGUCCCAGAAACGUCACUACCAAGAAGCUUACAUUCAUGGCCAUGCAGAAACCCCUGUGUAUCGAUUCUCCCUGGCUGAUGGAACUAUAGUGACUGCACAGACAAAAAGCAAACUCUUCCGAAACCCCGUAACAAAUGAUCGGCACGGCUUUGUCUCAACACACUUUCUUCACAGAGAACAGAAUGGGUAUAGACCAAACCCAAAUCCUGUAGGACAAAGCAUUAGACCUUCUGCAGCUGGAUGCAGCAGUUCGGUAGGCAGCAUGAGCAUGUCGCCAAACCACAGCUUACAGAUGCUGAGUGGCAGGGCCUAUGGCUUGGCAGAGCCCAGCACCACAGGGCAGAUGAGUGCUGCUAGGUAUGGGGCUUCCAGUAACAUAGCUUCACUGACCCCUGGGCCAGGCAUGCAGUCACCGUCUUCCUACCAGAACAACAACUAUGGGCUGAACAUGAGUAGCCCCCCACAUGGCAGUCCUGGUCUUGGCUCCAACCAGCAGAAUAUCAUGAUCUCUCCUCGUAAUCGUGGGAGCCCAAAGAUGGCCUCACACCAGUUUUCUCCUGUUCCAGGUGUGCACUCCCCUAUGGGAUCUUCUGGCAGUACCUCAAGCCACAGCUUUUCCAGCAGCUCUCUCAGUGCCCUGCAAGCCAUCAGUGAGGGGGUGGGGACGUCUCUCUUAUCCACUCUGUCUUCACCAGGCCCCAAAUUGGAUAAUUCUCCCAACAUGAAUAUGACUCAGCCAAGUAAAGGGAGCAGUAGUCAGGAUUCAAAGAGUCCCCUAGGCUUGUACUGUGACCAGAAUCCAGUGGAGAGUUCAGGGUGUCAGUCAAAUAGCAGAGAUCACCUCAAUGACAAAGAAAGUAAGGAGAGUGGUGGAGAAGGAUCUGAAAAUCCAAGGGGGCCUUUGGAAAGCAAAGGCCAUAAGAAGUUACUGCAGUUACUUACCUGCUCCUCUGACGACCGAGGCCAUUCCUCCUUGACCAACUCCCCUUUGGAUUCAAGUUGUAAAGACACUUCUGCUAAUGUCACCAGCCCCUCUGGAGUCUCAUCCUCGACACCAGGAGGUGUGUCCUCCACAUCCAAUGUGCACGGGUCACUAUUACAAGAGAAGCAUCGUAUUUUGCACAAGUUGCUGCAGAAUGGAAAUUCACCGGCCGAAGUAGCCAAGAUUACUGCAGAAGCCACGGGGAAAGACACUACCAGUGUCACCACCUGUGGCGAGGGAGAUGUCAAGCAGGAGCAGCUAAGUCCAAAGAAGAAGGAGAACAACGCUCUUCUGAGGUACCUGUUGGACAGGGACGAUCCUAGUGACACACUCUCUAAAGAGUUACAGCCCCCCGUGGAAGGGAUCGAUAAUAAAGUGACUCAGAGCAGCAGUUCCACCAUUCCCAGCUCCAGCCAAGAGAAAGACUCAAAGAUUAAGACAGAAGCAAGUGAAGAGGGAUCUGGAGACUUGGAUAAUCUAGAUGCCAUUCUUGGUGACCUGACGAGUUCUGACUUUUACAGUAAUAAUCCCAUAUCCUCAAAUGGCAGUCAUCUGGGGACCAAGCAACACGUGUUUCAGGGAGCUAAUUCUUUGGGUUUGAGAAGUCCACAGUCUGUGCAGUCCAUUCGUCCUCCAUAUCACCGCGCAGUGUCUCUAGAUAGCCCUGUUUCUGUUGGCUCAAGUCCUCCAGUCAAAAAUAUCAAUGCUUUCCCCAUGUUACCAAAGCCACCCAUAUUGGGUGGGAAUCCACGAGUGGUAGAUAGUCAGGAAAAUUAUGGCUCAAAUAUUGGUGGACCAAACAGAAAUGUGACUGUGAACCAGACACCAUCCUCAGGAGACUGGGGCUUACCAAACCCCAAAGCCAGUAGAAUGGAAGCCAUGAGUUCAAACUCCAUGGGAAGACCUGGAGGUGAUUACAAUGCUUCCAUACCGAGACCUGCAAUGGGGGGCUCUAUGCCCACCUUGCCUCUUCGGUCUAAUAGUAUACCAGGUGCAAGACCAAUGUUGCAGCAGCAGCAGCAGCAACAGAUGCUUCAAAUGAGGCCCACUGAGAUUCCCAUGGGAAUGGGAGUCAAUCCCUAUGGCCAAGCAGCACCAUCUACUCAAACAGCUUCCUGGCCAGAUAGCAUGUUGUCCAUGGAACAAGGCCCUCAAGGGACACAAAACAGGCCUCUUCUUAGGAAUUCCUUGGAUGAUCUUCUUGGACCACCUUCUAAUCUGGAAGGCCAGAGUGAUGAGAGAGCAUUGUUGGACCAAUUGCACACACUCUUGAGCAAUACGGAUGCCACAGGUCUGGAGGAAAUUGACAGAGCUUUGGGCAUCCCUGAGCUUGUAAACCAGGGACAGGCUUUGGAGCCCAAACAGGAUGCUUUCCAAGGCCAAGAAGCAGCAGUGAUGAUGGAUCAAAAGGCAGCAUUAUAUGGACAGACAUACCCAACCCAGGGGCUACCAAUGCAGGGGGGCUUUAAUCUUCAGGGACAAUCACCAUCAUUUAACUCGAUGAUGAAUCAGAUGAACCAGCAAGGCACUUUUCCUCUCCAAGGAAUGCACCCUCGGGCCAAUAUCAUGAGACCUCGCACGAACACCCCAAAGCAGCUUAGAAUGCAACUUCAGCAGAGGCUUCAGGGCCAGCAGUUUUUGAAUCAGAGCCGGCAGGCACUUGAAAUGAAAAUGGAAACCCCCAAUGCUACUGCUGCUGCUGUGAUGAGACCCAUGAUGCAGCCCCAGGUGAGCUCCCAGCAGGGUUUUCUAAAUGCCCAGAUGGUCGCUCAGCGCAGCAGAGAGCUGCUGAGUCAUCACUUCCGACAACAGAGGGUAGCAAUGAUGAUGACGCAGCAGCAGCAACAGCAGCAGCAGCAGCAGCAACAGCAGCAGCAGCAGCAAAGCCAGGCCUUUAGUCCACCUCCGAAUGUCACUGCCUCCCCCAGCAUGGAUGGAGUUUUGACAGGAUCUGCAAUGCCACAAGUGCCGCCCCAGCAGUUUCCAUACCCACCAAAUUAUGGAAUGGGUCAACAACCAGAUCCAGCCUUUGGUCGAGUGUCUAGUCCCCCUAAUGCAAUGAUGUCAUCAAGGAUGGCUCCCUCCCAGAACCCCAUGAUGCAGCACCCUCAGACUGCACCCAUGUACCAGUCCUCAGAAAUGAAGGGGUGGCCAUCAGCAAACCUGGCCAGGAACAGCGCCUUUCCGCAGCAGCAGUUUGCUCACCAGGGUGGUGCUGCUGCAUAUAGCAUGGUGCAUAUGAACGGCAGCAGUGGCCACUUGGGACAGAUGACCAUGAGCUCCAUGCCUAUGUCCGGCAUGCCCACGGGGCCUGACCAGCAGAAGUACUGCUGACCUCUCUAUACUGGGACCGCUAAGGAAACCACUGCCCAAAAGAUACUGCAUAGGGUCAUCAGGAGGUGAUGCAUCCAGCUUGGAAGCACCAACCAGCCUUGAGCUUCAUCACAGUCUUCCAAGUAAUGCCAUUGGAUCAGGACUGGAUGAGGACUGGACCUGAAGCUGAAGUGCAGUAUCUACCAUCUACCUGUUUCCUUACUUGUGUGCACCAUCGUGUUCCAAACCAGUGUUUUCAGCCUUCUGCUUCAUAGCAGUGUUGAUUCUGGAGAGAAGUAGGGGGUUCCUGAUGACAACAGUCACAAGGGUUUCUCUAGCAGCAGUCUGACAUAGAGUAUAGGCCUGGCCCUUAGUGUUUUGGUUUCUAUCAAGUAGGUCUGCGUUUGCCCUUUUAUGUGGUGGCGUUGGCAUUUCCAUAUUCAUGUCCUUUAUUGAUGGUGUUGAGUGCUGUCUCUCGCUGUUGUCCUAGGUUUCCUCCCCAUAAAGAUUUUCAUUAAGCCCUGAUGCCCUGAAACACCCCAGGACUUGUCAUUGAAGUCAAAUGGCUUUGCAGAAGGGAAAAUGAGAUGACAGUGUUUAAUUGCAGCAGUGGCAAAUUUUUCAUAUGCUAACGUGCAGCUGAGUGCACUUUAUUAAAAAAAAAUAAUGGAUAAAAUGCAAUAUUCCUGAGGUCUUGAGGAAUGGUGAGCCACAUUCUUGGUUUUUGUCAACACUUAUUUGUUGGACAGGAGCCAU